AUGCACAUAGAAGUCGUAAGCGAUCUCACAACGCAGGCAUUUAUUGCUGCGUUCAAACGUUUUUGUGCCCGUCGCAAAACACCAUCCGAUUUGUAUUCCGACAAUGGAACCACUUUCCAUGGAGCCCGACGGGAAUUGGACGAAAUGCGCAAACUUGCUCAAGAGCGAGCUAAGGAUGAAAAAUUGGCCGGUUUUCUGUCAUCCGAAGGCAUAAACUGGCACUUCAUACCCCCGUCCGCACCACACUUUGGCGGAUUGUGGGAGUCGGGCGUCCGGUCAAUCAAGCUGCAUCUGCGCCGAGUCGUAGGAGGAGCCGCACUCACUUUUGAAGAACUGUCAACCGUUCUUGCCCAAAUCGAAGCUAUCCUGAACUCACGGCCACUUACUCCGAUCAGCGAUCACAGCCUCGAUCCAUUAACUCUAGCCCAUUUUUUGGUAGGACAGCCGUACACUGCGGUGCCUGAACCCUCGUUUUUGGACUCUCAGAUGAAUAGACUGCAGCGAUGGAAUCAGCUUCAGGCCAUGGUUCAAGGAUUCUGGAAGCGAUGGCACACUGAAUACCUCAGUUCUCUACAGGCACGUGGCAAGUGGAACAAAGAGACGGCGAACAUCGAAAUAGGCAACCUUGUUGUUCUCAAGGAGCCUAAUCUUCCGCCCUCGAAAUGGAUACUUGGACGCAUACAAGAAGUACACCCAGGACAGGAUUCUAAGGUCCGAGUAGUGACUGUCAAGACGGCCAAUGGAGUCUACAAGCGCCCUAUCACUAAGAUCGCCAUUCUCCCUCUUAACUGA